GUCUGCCACGUGAUCUAUCGGCAGUUUUUCCCGCCCAUCGAUCUCAUGAGCGCGGAGUUGUUCUGAUUUCCCGGCACUUUUUAUUGGUUCGGAGUUGUUCUGAGUUACCAGCACUUUUUUUGGUUCGGAGUUGUUCUGAGUUACCAGCAGUUUACAAACGGGAGCAAUAUGAACUUUUAUUGUAUCUACGUGUCCCUCUUGGCUAUAGGGCUGCAAGAUGCAAAGACUACUAUGCACACAGAAGGCACCCGCUUCAUCCUGUAUUUUACUGAAGGCAGCCGGGUGACCUUGCCGGCAAGGCCGCUGCAUUUGUACUUCACCACCAGGUCAUCGAACGAGAUCACGGUGCGGGCCACCUCGCCGUCCUACACCGACGGGGUCAAGGUCAACGAAACCAUCCGCCUGACGUCGUCCACCCCAGCGGUGGUCCCCAUCGCAGCGGCCCUCCGGACCACCGAGUUCGGCAACGAGACGAAGGUGAUCCUCGUCGAGUCGACGGGCCUGAUCUCAGUGUACGGCCUGAACCCCAGCGCCAACCAGGCGGCGCUCUUCACGGUCCUGCCCGUCACUGCGCUGGGCACUGAGUACAUCUUUCCCAGCCUCACGGCCUUCAACAUCCCCAGCCAAGGGUUUAUGGGUAUCGUCACUCAGGAGGACCAGACAUCGUUCGAAGUUUUCCUCUCGUCUUCUUCCCAAAAAUCUAUCGCCUCCAUCAGAGGAAUAGAGUAUCCUCCCAGGAGCGUCAUCAGGGCAACUCUAAACAAGUACGAAGUUUCUGAAAUCCGACAAAUCCCGAACUGCCCGGACUGCGACCUAACAGGAAGCAGGAUCAGCGCCAGCAAGCCAAUCGCCGUCUUCAGCACUGUAGCACUGACCAAUCCGGUGAACGACGGGGGAGGGGGUGACCUGCUGGUCGAGCAGCUCGUGCCCCUGUCCCUGUGGGGUAGAUCUUACAUCACCCAGUCACCCCCAGAAAACUCGCUCGUAAGUGUCAACAUAUUCGCUAGUGUAUGUGACGCCCAAAACAUAUACAUCAACAAAACCAAGACGCCCACCUGGCGAGCGUUGGGGACCACCGGCUAUGUGGUGGCCAAUGAGAAAAUCCCCAACACAGGAUUUCACCUGGUCGACAGCGGCAUAGAGAAGCUCAACGUCAGAUUUGGGGGCUAUGUGUACGGGCAAGGGGAGGCCUCGGCCUACGCUGCACCUCUGGCUAUGGAGGGUGGGAGCCCUGUAGGGAACUUUCCUUGGGCUGAUCCUGACGCAGUGGCUGUUCAUCAAGCCAAUCUGGCAUCCACAGACCGAAUCCAGCAACAAAUCUGGAGGCUGAAAGAAAAAAACCUCCUCUCCGUGUACAAACCUCUGCGCGAGUCUGUCGUCUUCUCCAAGUUCAGCUGUUUGGACAGCUGCAAGAAGCUGCCCAGCUGCCUGUACGCCUCCAUUGAGAAGGAGAACAAUAAAAUCCGGUGUCGUCUGUUUGACGAACGCAGCAGGUGUGAUCCCAAGAUGAAGAAACCAGGAGUCCGGACCUACGUCUCCAGGAUAACCUUUUGGACACAGAUUUGAAUCUCUUCUACUUUUUUUCUUUUUAAUGUGAGUUUGUGUCAUCAAGGAUUUCCAAAAGAAUGUGGUGAUUUGUGACAAGUGAGUUUUCAAUCAAAA